GAAGAAAAGAAUGGAGUGGGAAAGUACAUAGAAAGAGAAGAAAAAGAUCAAACAUCCAACCAAACCCCCAUCCCCAUUCCCCCAACUUGGUUUGUGUGAAAAGUGUGAACACACAACUCUCUCUCUCUCUCACUACACUCUCCACUCCUCACUCCCUCUUUCUUCAUCUUCGUCUUUAGCUUUGUCUCUUUUUUUCCUUUUCUUUUUCUCUUUCUCAAAAGCCCGCUGCGAUUCUAAUCUCUCCGUCGCCGCAAUGCCUCCUAUCAACGCAGAAUCUACGCCGCCACCAGUCAUCGGCAAAAUCGGGCCUUACACCGUCUUCAUGACACCGCCUUCUACUCCCAAGCCCGCCGAACCUCCCGUCGUCCUCCCACCUUCCCCCAACAAGAUCUCCCCGCCUCCCGUUCAGCCUCCUCCGCCGCAGAUUCAGAAGCCCGUUCUCUCCUCCGAGAAAUCACUCUCCGACGGUUCCGUUUCUGGCUUCUUCAGGAAUGCUGUCGCUAAGGUUCAAACUGCCCACUCAAGUCUAGAUGAUCAUCUGGCGCGUUGGUUUGGAUUGAAUCAGUCAAAGUAUCAAUGGGCCCUUGAUGAUUAUUACGAGAGCAAGGGAAUGGAAAAAGGAGAAAAAGUAAAAGAGAUCUCAAGCAAAGUGCAGAAUGUAUAACUUGCCAAGGGCUGUGGGGGGAUUAAUCAGAAGACUCUUGGAGUAGAGUAUAUUUAUAUACCUUUUGUACUUACAUGUGGGGUUAGAACAAAUGAGUCUGAAAUGUCAAAUAUUUCUUUGAUCUGAUUCAGUGGUUGUUUUCCAACUCCAGAAGUUGAGUCUCAUUAUUUUGAUAGUAUCAUCAUCAAGCUAUCAUCGCGUGGGGCGAUGGUUUUGAUCUACUUGUAUUCUAGUGUCUGUCGUGUAAUGUCUUUGGAUUUGCAAAACCUCGGAGCUGUUCUUUUUCAAGGAUAGUGGCCUUGUCAUCAAUCUCAGGGCUAAUUAAUUCCAAUGCAAUUCCUUAUAUUAUAAGUAUAAUUUAGAAAUUAAUCCUCUAUUGGUUUUA